GAGAUGCUGAGCUGUGGGGGCCAGGCCCAGGGAGGGGUGAGAGUGAAGGGGCCUGCAGCGGCUAUCAGGUCAUAAACCAGGCUGACCCUUCGGCACAGGACUUGCAGACUUGGCUCCCACAUCAGCAGUCAUGAGGAGCAGAUGUGACAAUUACACUUCGGAUCAGCUAGUGCCCGGAAUCCCCUCCAUUGCCCAGGCCUGGGGACUAUGGGCCCUCUUAGGGGCUGCGAUGCUGCUGCUUCUCAUCUCACUGGCUGCGCACUUGUUCCGAUGGACUAGUGGCCGAAGCCAGAGCCACCCAGGACAGAGACGCCCUGGAGGGUCUGUGGAAGAGGUCCCUCUGUAUGGGAACCUGCAUUAUCUUCAGACUGGUCGGCUGUCUCAGGAACCAGGGCCAGAUCAGCAGGAUCCAACGCCUAGAGGCCCCAGCACGGCUGCAGAGGAAGUGAUGUGCUAUACCAGCCUGCAGUUGCGGCCUCCUCAGGGCCGUAUCCCCAGCCCUGGAACCCCCAUCAAGUACUCAGAGGUGGUGCUGGAUUCACAGCCUCAGAGCCAAGAACAAGGACCUUCAGGAAGGCAGCAAGUCCCAGAAACAGCCGACUUCCCAGGAACAAUCAGUGGCUUUGCUGAAUCUCUCCAGCUCUCUGAAAAACUAAUGGCCCCACAGGCCCCCAGGGAGCCACCAACACACACUGUCCUCUGUUAUCUGGAGGAGGUCCUGAUAGGGUGA